CAAAAUUAUUUUUGUUCCAGAAAUAGCAUUGAAUAUAUUUAAACAAAUACCAUUGUUACGUCACUAGAAAGUUUUAGAACAAGAGAUAAUUGUUGCUUGUGACGUAACAAUUGCUGAUUCAUCAGUAAUGGUGACGAUUUACCCGCGAAAAGCUGACGUAGCAAAAUAUUUGGAAAUAAACAUGGGUGAUGGUGCUGGGGUUGGUGGGGUUAUGCAAACGAUGGGACAAUCGGGCGAAAGAAGAGAAAGCGGCGACGAACACGAGCGCCAACUUUUACUGCAAAGCGUUGAACAUAUUGAUUGUCAAGAUUUCCCGUUUGAUGACGUAUUGUCGUUGGAGGACGCGGUCAAAGAGGAUAUGACGUCGGAGGGUAUAACGUCACCGAGCGAGGUGUUCGAGAAGAAGGCGGAAGAUACGUCAUACCUGACGUCACAGAUAGACUUUGCGGCGAUUUCCCAUCUUUCGCGACUUCACGAUGAAAGAUUGGAUGAUUUGGACAACUCAACAAAACUUCAUCCUUUGAUUUCGAACCCGAAGAAACAUUUGUCGAAAACGCCAAGAAACGAAAUUUGCCGAAAGUACCGGAUGAGAAGCAACGAUGACGUCACUAAUGAAUUACGUCAUAGGAAGCGUAGUAUAGCGACGAAUCAAACGAAUGAACGUAAAGUAAGAAGACAAUCACCCGUUAUGACGUCAUUAUUAGAUUCUGAGAAACAAUCGUUGCCUCCAGAAGGAUUUAAAAUAACGAGGUAUCCCAUAGCAACCGGAAGAUCGAUGUCCGCUUCAUUUGACAACGAUUCAGACAAACGAAAGAUUGAAUCCCAACACAUGAUCAAUUCAUUAGUAGCCAAACUCCACCAAGCUGAGGAGAGAUCAAACAUGGCGCAACACGAAGCACAAGAAUGGAGGACAACAGCUCAACAAACAUUGAAAGCUGCGCAAAUUAUUAAAAGUCAGAUGGAGUACGAGAAGGCACGAGCCAACAGGGCAGAAGCAAAACUAUCCAAAGUAUCUUUGAAACAAAGUUGCGACGAUGCUACAUCUGCUCCCAACACCCAACCCGAACCAAACUUUACAUUAAGCAAUAACUUUGCUUUAGAAAACAAUCAAAACCCCAACCCCCCUCAGUUAAACGGGCCGUCAUCAAAUCAACCCAACCCACCAGCGCCGUCUAGCGGACAGAUAACUCACGAUCACGUCCGCUCAACUUUGAGAGCAAAACUCGGAAAGAUUUCCCGCCAACCGACAAUAUGUGAACAACAACCUCGACCUUCAUUGGUGGAAUGUAACAAUGCCCUUUGUGAGGUCAUGGACGCUAUUACGUCAUUCAACGCAACACAUAGAGAUCGUAUAUGUUUUGAUACGUCAUCAACAACCAGACGCGAGAGAGUUACUCGUAAAAUAUCUCAUUCAAAAUCCGACCCCGCUAUUUAUAAGAUCGGGCGAAAUAAAUAGGAUUAAUCGGUUGUUUAUGACGUUGCAUUGCCUAUUGUUAAUAAAUAAACGAUUCUAGUUUGUA